UCAACUUCCAUUCGGCGUUUUGGCGACAAAAAAACGAGCAACCAAUCAUAAAUUAAUAAUUAAUCACGUGUCUUUUUUCACAUUCAACAUGGCGGAUAUUCGGUUGGAAUCAAUAUUGCAAGAGAAUGAGGAAUAUGAACACCAAGUUUCCAUUGAUGGUGAUACAGAAAAUUCAGUUUUUGAGGAAGAUGGAAAUAUAGAUUGCGAACUUCUUGUAGACCUCGUGCGAAGUUUUCCUAUUCUUUGGAACACUAAACUUAAAGGAUACAAAGAAACUAACAAAAAAAAAUCCGCAUGGAAUGUAGUUGCAUCGCAAUUAGGAGUCGAAGAUGAGGAAAUGCCUACAACAUCGUCAGAUUUACGUGAUGUUCCACAGAAAUGUUAUGUGAUGACAGUGUUACUGAAAGAGAUCUUGAAGCCAUUCUUGAAAGCUGUCAGUUGGUUAUUGGAGAAGUGGAUACUGGGCCAUCUGCUUGCAAAAGAAUGGAAAAUCGAGAAGAAAUGGGAAAAAUGCGAUGAUGAUGUCCAUGAGAAUAAUCCUCUCCAUGAUCGAGAAGUGUGGUUGGAUGGUUAUUUUCAAUAUAUCAAGCCAACACAAUCCAUUUCAUCUGAUGGAAAGAUUUGCAGCAUUGAUCGAUCAUGUCCCAUCCUUUACCCAUCAUCAUGUCAGUUGUGUAAUGAACCUAUCAUCAAAACUACCAACAGCUCUCUUGUGAUUAUGAUCACUUGUGAAGGUGAAAAUGUCCUUAUGCAAUUUUUACAGAGUCAAAUAACAAUUUUUGAUAUAUGGAUGUACAUAUGA